CCCGUCCACGCUGUCGGGCAGUCGUAGUCUGGGUUCGCGCGCGAGAGGAAGGGGCUUGGUACAGACGACAGCUGGAGCGCCAGACAGGUACACCGCGAGCAUGACAGAGCUUCAGUGGGCUGCGGGCUCGGGCGGCUCCGUGCCGGAGGGUGCCGUGAGCUGUGAAGGGGCGUACGUCGGCCGGGCCCACCACGACAACGGCAUCAUCAUCGGACCCGUCGUCUGCGCCGACAGCUGCUGCGCCAUCGGCUACUGCGGAGAACGCUUCACCAAAGACGAGUAUGAGGUGCUGCUGGAGCCCACAGACGGCAAGCGUCUUCGCUGGGAGAAGUUCACCGGGGAUAUGCCCGAGGGGGCCGUGAAGGGGGGCUACCUCUGCUCCGGUCACCCGCUCUAUGUGGGACGUACCUGGAAGGACGGCAAACUGCUCAUUGGCCACAUCAACAACGUGCACAAGGUGUGCUGUGUUCCCUCCGAAGACAAGUGUUACGACUGCAGCGACUUUUACGUCCUGGUCGCCUACUGAACCCCGCAGCAGGAGACUUCUUUGUCCUGGUCGCCUGCUGAACCCCGCACCAGGAGACCUCUUCGUCCCGAUCACCUGCUUCCGAAACAGGAGACGGUCGACGAAUCAAGCAGGAUCAGCACGGAUCAACGCCGUCGAUCACGGCGAUCAACGGCUGCAAAAGAUUCAUGGUUUCAUUAUAAAAGAUUCAUGGCUUCAUUGGCUGAAAACACUUUCACGGGACAUGCCCAACCGCGUCAACCUUUGAAAUCACUACUCUCCGUGUCUGCGGCCUAUCGUGUUAAUUUCGUUUUGUUUUUAAUUUUGUGUCCGUCUGUGCAGCCCUCUUAGCUUGCUACCACACGGAGGUGCUCAACUUCGCUACUGCUCAGUGCUCGCAUGAGAAACAGAUCAGAGCGCUCACCAAUCCCGCGAGUGCUCCUCGCUCCCGCGCAGUAAGACGCUUACAGCGGCCGCAACACCGUCUGACCCUCGAGAAGCGCACCGUGUUUGUUUUUUGAAGAGGGAUUUUGUGUUACUCGCUUUACACUCAUCAUUCGUGCGAAAUUUUGUGUGCUUCUUUGCCGCCGAGUAUCACGCUUUCCGCUUAGGUUCAGCAUUGUAGCAGCGGUGGCCUAGGUACGCCAUUUGAAUACACGCAUUCCUGAAA